AUGUCUCAAGCGGUAUUGAUGAAGGAGUACAAAGCUCUGGCCAAAGAAAAAUGGGUUCAGAUAGACGUCGACGAGGAGAACAUCUACCACUGGAAUCUCGCCUUGAUGGUCAUCAACCCCGACUCCAUGUACUAUGGCGGUUAUUUCAAGGCUCAGAUGACUUUCCCCAAAGACUACCCGUACAAACCGCCCGACUUCCGGUUCACCAAACCCCUGUGGCAUCCAAACAUCUAUCCCGAUGGACGACUCUGCAUCUCCAUUCUUCAUGCGCCCGGUGAUGAUAUGAUGUCCGGCGAGUCUGCUGGCGAACGGUGGUCUCCUGCUCAGCGGGUCGAGUCGGUCCUUCUCUCCAUCCUUUCACUGUUGGAUGACGCAGAGGUCUCCUCACCCGCCAACGUCGACGCCAGUGUGAUGUACAGAGAUGACGAAGCUGCUUUCAGAGCCAGGGUCAAGCGUGAUGUGGACGCUUCUAAGAACGACAUCCCAGAAGGCUUUAUCAUGCCAACCCACGAGUCAACCAAGCCCGAAGUCGAAAAGCCUGUUGACGACAACUUCUGGAAUGACAGCGAAGCCGAAGAUAUCGACUUUGAUGACUUUGACGAUUUUGACGACGACGCUGCCAAUGGAAGCGAGUCCGACCAAGAACUGAACAACGAUUCUGAAGAUGAAGAAAACUACGAUGAUGAAGAGGACGACGAGGACACCGAGCGUGUUAAGGGCAAAGCUCGAGUUGACCAUGACCGACUUGACUCCGACAUGACUGAGCCAGAUGGUUGA